CUCAUAAUGCACACAGCAUUUACUGAUAGGAACUGGAAUCAAAUGAAUCACAAUCUGUAUCUCAAGUGGGAUGCAAUUAUGAAUCCAAUAUACACAAUGUUGAUACCAUUCAGAGAUAAUUCACGCCCAAUACCACCUUCUCCACAAAGAUUCAGAUUUUGAAUCAAUUAUCCUACCUAUUGUUUUCUCUCCCUAGUCUAUAUAUUAUGCUUUCUACUUCUCAACUGCCUCCUCCCUCCCAUCCAACAGAUAACCCACAUUAUAAACCACACACACAGAUUCCCGCACAGAGAAGAACUGAUAAAUACAAUUAGCAUAUUCAUUGUCAUGUCUUCCAAAGACAUCUACAAUAGGGCAACAGUCUACAAUCCUGUAGCUGCUCGCACCCAAGCUCCUCAACAUAAUCAUACCUCUCGGCCCGCCGCCCCUUUGUCAUCCAGUCGGCAAUCUUCUUCGAUUGCUCCCGGGCCACACACAAACCUCGAGAGAGACAAUAAGUCGUCCGAUGGAGCAUAUUCCUUGGCUGCUCCUAAACCGUACACAACCCUCGAAAGAGAUAAUAACUCUACACCUAGGGCAUCACUUUCGAGACUCCUUGAACAACACACAGCACUCCGAAAAGAUGGCCAAAACCCAGCCUCUCAUAAUCAUACCCUGCUAAACAGAGACCAACGUUCAUCCUCUAGCUCGAGACAACCAACCAUCAUGGGAGCAGCCGCAACAACUGCUCCUUCUGAUGCAAAGAGCAGGUUCAAAACUCAGCAUGAUAUUAACAUGGCCUCCAGACAAGUCAAAUAUCAAGAAAUGAAUCACGAAGAGAAGAAGAAACAGGACGAGUGGGUACGUGACUUCAUUCAGUAUGCCGGGCCAUGUCCAGCCGGAUUCAGUUGGGAGCGAGUAAAGUAUGGAUACGUCUGCAAUGGUGGAAAUCAUUUAUGCACGGAUGAUCUCCUCGCUGAAGGUAAAGGCGGAUUUUAUAUGGGAACUCUCGAUGCUGGAUGGUGGGGCCCAACUUAUGACGCGAACAUUCUUGCACAAAUUAAAUAUACAGAAACUAAGGUCUGGGAGUAUGCUAAAAAACACGGAUUAGAUCCAACGAUUGCUCCGGUAAUCCCAGAACCAGAUUUACCAGCAAGUGGUGAAAUUCACCCAGGCAUUGCAAAAGCAAUGGCAGGACUGGGACCCAUGCCGCAGGCCCGCUCAAUUGAGGAGACACAUGGUUCAUUUACGAUAGUAGGAUAUCCUGAGAGGUUGGGACUCCCGACCAGCCCCAGAAGUUAUCAUACACCUGCUGGACUAUCUCAUCAUUCGUCUGGUGUACCGCAUCAGUUAAGCACUCUAUAUGGACCAGGAGGCCUGCCAAAUAGACUUGCAAUGAACAUGGGUAAUGGUUCUCUAUCCCAAGCAGGUCAGAUUCCACAUGGACUCGGCUUGCCAUCUUAUAUGGGUGGCCCAAGUGGAGGUGGACUUUGUGGAAAUGGAUUUUGUGGGCAUCACAGACAUUGAGCCCAGUUGAGCGAAGGAUGGACUUUUUACAAUACGUUCUAGAUAAUCUAGAGAUCAUGAUCAUGCGUGAAGUUAACUUA